AUGCGGGUCAUUGCUUAUGGCGUCCUGGUGGAUUACACCGAUGACUAUCUUUGCAGCGGAGAAGAUACAACGCUUAAAUCUGUCCGCAUCUUUGCGAAGGCGUUGAUCCGGGUGUUCGGCAAGGAAAACCUCCGAGCACCAAAUGAGGAGGACACGAAGCGGCUUCUGUAUACAGGCCAUCACCGCGAGCCAACAAUUGUGCUCGAGGCAGUUGCGUCGCAGGACUUGUGGAUUUGGCAUAGCUUCUUUGGUUUCCCGGGAUCCCUAAAUGAGAUCAACGUGCUGCAAAGAUCUCUUCCCUUUGCAAGGCUUGCAAAAAGAGAUGCUCCGGCUUGCAAUUAUACCGUCAAUGGCCAUGAAUAUAACAUGGGAUACUACCUAGCUGAUGGUAUAUAUCCGAAUUGGGCUACAUUUGUCAAAACAAUCCAUAAUCCCGUCGGCAAGAAGCAAACUGUUUUUGCCAAAGCACAAGAAGCAGCCCGGAAGGACAUUGAAAGAGCUUUCGGUGUUUUGCAAGCACGUUUCGCAAUUGUGCGAGGUCCUGCUCAUUUUUGGGAUAAGAAGUCCCUCUCAAACAUUAUGACUGCAUGUGUGAUUUUGCACAAUAUGAUCAUCGAGGAUGAGAGGGGGAUGAAUUUGUCACUUUUAAUUGACAAUGUAGGCAAAAGGGUGAACCCUCAAAGGAACCCGGACAGGAUCCAAGCAUUUCUUCAGACCUACCGGGACAGUGAGAACAGGGAGACGCACACGCAGCUUCAACAGGAUCUCAUCGAGCAUCAGUGGCAAUUGUAUGGCAGAUAG